GAUGAAGCAGUUGAUGAAAAAGCCCAGACGUUCCUCCCAGGAGAUAUACUGACAAAUCUUGUUAGUGCCAACUGGAAAGAGCGACUUGCUUCAAUGGAAUCUUUUAUAAAGGUUGUGAGCAGUACCAGUAAAGAGGAAAUCCCAUGCCAGGUGUGUAUCAGAGUUCUCAGCAGGAAGCCUGGAUUGAAGGACACCAACUUUCAGGUAUUGAAGCUGAAGCUGGAGCUGGUGGCUCACCUAACCCGCAACUCCAAGUUUUCCAAGAGAUCCGCAGAGUUCUGCUUGCCAGAUAUAGUAGACAAGCUGGGAGAUGCCAAAAACGGGGGCAUUGCCAAGGAAUGCUUGACUGGCAUGGCUGAGGCAUUGGGACUGGAUUUUGUCAGCUUAGAGGUGAUGACCAUGGCUUUUGAACAGAAGAAUCCAAAAAACCAACAGGAGGCUCUGCUGUGGCUUACAACUGCCAUUCAGGAGUUUGGACUCAAACUGAGUGUGAAGGCCCUUAUUGCAACAAUCAGCAAAGCCCUCGCUGCAACAAAUCCUGGUGUCCGUAUGGCUGCCAUCAGCCUUCUGGGUGUCAUGUACAUGUACAUGGGAGAUACCCUCAGAGUCUUCUUUGAGAAAGAAAAGCCAGCCCUCCUACAGCAAAUUAACGAUGAAUUCGAAAAA